AGCAAAGCUUUCUCUCGGGCAUCUCCACGUUCAGGCUUGGCAGAGCAGUUCGCAUCCACAAACUCCACUAUCGCUGCACUGUCAACAUCUGCACCGAAGCGGGAACAGAGACACGGACCACCCUAGAUACCAGAGACCGGGGGGCACCGGGCAGCAUGCUGGUUUAGUUUGUGGCGCGCAGUUAAACAUCAGCAGGUUGUGAAUGAGGAGCAAAACAAGGACGCAAAGCGACGCUGUGGGAGCACUUCGCGAGGCUAUACUCAAAAAAUCUCAUUAGACUGUGAUGAACAUCCUCAUCUUCCACAGAAUCAAGUGCCACAUUGGCUCCGAAAGGAAGUGAUGUCGCGUCACCACCACCGGUUUGAGAGGGACUACCGGGCCGCAUGGGAUCGUCGCGACCGGCCCGCGCACCUCCACAAUGGGGUGACCAAUAAUAACUGCUCUCCCGUCAGCCCUGCUCUCGUUAACGGAAACAACCGACCCGGCCUCCUCCCUCUGCCCGUCAUCCCUUCCCUCCUGCCCACACCGGUCACCAUUGCCGUCACGACAAGCAGUAAUGAACUGGGUGCCAAGCGUGCCGGGGCACCAGUUUCAGCUCCCGCUGUGAAGCCUGCAGGACUUUCUCCUGGUGAGAAUCAGACACCUGCACUGCUUCUGGCUCCGGGGGUAAGAUGGGGCCAAACGCCCAUCAACCAGUCCACGCCAUGGGAGAUGGACGAGCCUCCAACCAAACAGCACAGAGACAACGACACCACAGGGCCUCCAUGGGUGCCUUCGGUGGUCGCAGUGAGUCAGUCCAGCCUCUUAACUCACUCUUACACCAUUCCUCAACCUCCUGCCUACAGCCAGGGGGCUUCUGUCCAGUCGCCCAUAAUCGGCAUAACUCCUGCAAUCCAGACGCCGAUACCGCCUCACCAUCCGCUCAUGACCGCCCAUUUCCAGAUUCCACCACACUCAUCACAGCCACCCGGGAGCCUGGUUCUCAGCUUGCAGAACCAGUCACCCUACAGCACAAACCAGCCACCCAUCACGUCCUCGCCCAUGCCAGCCGGUGCACACAGCAUAGUGGGCAACGGACACCUGACUCACCCACUUCUGCAGCCACCCGCUCUGCCGGCUGCUGCACUACCGCUGACCAACGGACAACCUCUUACUUCGGCCAAUCAGGAUGGUCAAAAUGGGCUUCAGAUGCUACGAACGGUGGGCAUGGGGAAGUACAAGUUUACAGAUCCUGGGCACCCUAAAGAGAUGUUGAAGGAGCUGAACCAGCAGCGCAGGGAGAAAGAAUUUACAGACCUGAAAAUUGUAGUAGAAGGCAAAGAAUUUGAAGUCCACCAAAAUGUUCUAGCUUCCUGCAGCUUGUAUUUCAAGGACCUGGUGAAAAGGUCCCUUAAAGAGACGGGCAGUGGAGAGAAACUGGAGCUGAAGAUGACCAACAUUAGUGCUGAUGUGUUGGAGAUGCUGUUGGAGUUUGUGUAUACUGGUUCACUGGUCAUUGACUCGGCCAAUGCCAAAACCCUGCUGGAGGCUGCCAACAAGUUCCAGUUUAACACCUUCUGCAAAGUCUGCGUGUCUUUCCUAGAAAAGCAACUGACAGCAGAGAACUGCCUGGGGGUUCUAGCCAUGGCAGAGGCCAUGUGCUGCACAGAGCUACACAACAUGGCCAAGGCAUUCGCCCUGCAGAACUUUCCAGAUGUAGCCGGUCAGGAUGAGAUUCUCAGCAUCUCAAAGGAGGACCUGAUCAGUUACCUAUCCAAUGAUAGUCUCAACACCAAGGCUGAGGAGCUCGUCUAUGAGACGGUCAUCAAAUGGAUCAAACGGGAUCAAGCCAAUCGAGUUCAGCACAUAUCAGAACUGCUGGCAGUAGUUCGGCUGCCGUUUAUUCAUCCCAGCUACCUACUGAACGUGGUGGACAACGACGAGCUGAUCAAGUCUUCCGAAGCAUGUCGAGACCUGGUGAACGAGGCUAAGCGCUACCACAUGCUCCCUCACGCACGCCAGGAGAUGCAGACGCCCCGUACCCGGCCAAGGCUAUCUGCAGGAGUAGCAGAGGUGGUUGUGUUGGUCGGAGGGCGGCAGGCUAUCGGUAUGAACCAGCGCUCUCUGACUGCCGUCACCUGCUUUAACCCCCAGAACAACAAGUGGUACCCUCUUGCCAGCCUGCCUUUUUAUGACCGCGAGUUCUUUAGUGUCAUCUCAGCAGGGGACAACAUUUAUUUAUCAGGUGGGACUGAGUCGGGGGUGACCGUGGCUGACGUGUGGUGCUACAUGUCUCUGCUGGACAACUGGAACCUGGUGUCACGCAUGACAGUGCCACGCUGCAGACACAACAGUCUGGUGUAUGAUGGAAAACUCUACACCAUCGGGGGACUUGGCGUGGCUGGAAACCUGGACCAUGUAGAAAGAUAUGACACCAUCACUAACCAGUGGGAGACGGUCUCUCCACUUCCCAAACCAGUGCACUCGGCAGCAGCUACAGUGUGUGGGGGGAAAAUCUACGUGUUCGGAGGAGUAAACGAAGCUGGACGAUCAGCUGGUGUCCUACAAUCCUACGUCCCCCAAACCAACACCUGGAGCUUCAUUGAGUCUCCUAUGAUUGAUAAUAAGUACGCUCCUGCUGUGAGUCUCAACGGGUUCAUCUUCAUUCUGGGAGGAGCGUACGCCAGAGCCACCACCAUCUAUGACCCGGACAAGGGCAACAUCAAAGCUGGACCCAACAUGAACCAUUCCAGACAGUUUUGCAGCGCUGUUGUUCUGGAUGGCAAAAUCUACGCCACAGGUGGCAUUGUGAGCAGCGAGGGACCAGCAUUGGGCAACAUGGAGACUUUUGACCCCAGCACCAACACGUGGACGCUCCUUCAGAACCUGCCAUGCCCGCUCUUCAGACACGGCUGUGUAGUGAUCAAGAAGUACAUCCAGAGCGGCUGACCGUGACCACAUGCACGGACACGCUGAACACACCGCAGGGAUUCGAGUCAAAGCACUGCUGAAUGUUUGAGUGUGUUUAAGGGUAUAGACUAGCUCUCACUCCCAAAACUCCAGCAGCAAUCCUGACUGGAAGGCUGGAAGAGAGUGCAACUAGACUGUUCAGGGAAAUAUUGAGUAGCUAAACGCUGUUCACGGGGGCGGUGCUUUGUCAGUCCAAUACAAAGAUUUGUUUUGUUUGACAGACAUUUGUUCUUGUCAUUUUUUGCAUAUUCCUUUGAUGUAUUCCUUUCAUGUACAUGCAUCCAUCACAGCCCUGGAUCCAUGAAUGAAUCAAGCUUAUAGACUGAUGCAUAAAUCAAAGACCUGGUCCCAUGGGGUUAGUCGGUCUUUUCGCUGCCUGGCUGGCUGGGACUGAAGAGGGAUUGAAGAUGAGCACAGAGAUUCCAGGAUGUAGGUACACGGUAACGGAACGCUUCGGCUUAGUUCUGCAUCACAGCAUCAGGGAUGCACGUCAGCAACAACAAACAUCAGACAAUAAGCAAUGACUGGCUGAACACCGUGGAUGUUUUUUAUCCGUGAAGCCAAAGCACAGCCUACUCCAGAUUUUGAGAGAUGUUCGUUCUAGUUCUCCAUUUAUUGAGAAUUCAUGACUGACUUGCUGAGCCAGGCUGUGUGUGGAGGAUUUUGGGGGGGGAUAAAGAUCCUGUAAUAUAGUUAAGGAAAUAUGUAUAUUUUAAAAACGAAGGUGAUUCUGUAUAAUUGUUUUUUGAAACUUUGAAACUGGGGGAGAAAAGGCUGUAAAUCUGUACCCAUAAGGGACCAUUUCAAAUGUUAAUAAUGAAAAAAUACAUACAAAAAUUAUAUUGUG